UGGCGAUGAAUCAGUCGAUUGACUAAUCAACACCCACCGAUCAUGCACUGGGCGGUGCCGGCGGUUAGCCCCAAAGCGGAAGUAAACUGCCGGCGGGACGUUUGUCAGCAGCGGACAUUGGAGAAAUCAGCCACCGCGGAUACGUUCUGAGCUGCGUCUGGGUGCCAAUUGCCGGCCUGUGGUUGGCUCGGAGGGUCGUCGGCUGCCAUUUGAUGGUGUUUGCGUCACGUGGAUGGGUUGCGAGCGCCGAAAAUCGUGGGAAGGGAGGUGGCUCGGUCGGGAAGCGCGCCGGGAAAGAUGCGGCGGAAUGUCUGGAGGGACUGGCGCGGGGAUCAGAGUGGUCUGUCGUUUGCUCUCCCCGCGCGGUCCACUUACGUCUUAUUUUGCUGUCCUCGCUGCCCUGCGCGUUGACCCCGUCUGUGACCCGCCCCGCAAGUUCUAUGCUCAGACUCGACCCCUACGACAACGACGCCGCCGAGAUCCAUCUGCACCACCAUCCCCAAUUUGUAACUCAAUAUACAGCACCAGUCUCCUCCCGGACAGCGCAGACGCCAUAUGCGGCGGCCGAAACGCCCCUCGAGGACCAUAGGUCCAAGAAGCGCAGGAUUGAUCGCGCUUGCGACUUUUGUCGUAGACGGAAAACCAAAUGCGAUGGCCCGAAGAUGCACGGCAAUGUCUGUACGAACUGUAUACAGAGCGGCCGAGUGUGCAGCUAUGUAGAAAGUUCAAAGCCUCGAGGGCCGCCGAAGGCAUACGUCGUGGCUCUAGAGGAUCGCGUAGAGCAGAUGGAAGCAUUGCUGAAAAGGCUUCGCCCAGAAGUCGACUUCGCUGCUGAAAUUGGCCCUCCCAUCAUACGCGAUUCGUGGAAGUCGGAUUUUGCGGAACUGCAGCCUCACGCGCAGUCAAAUCCACCUGGUCGUGUCGAAAGCUCUGGUAUAGCCUUCACCAGUCAUAAUCUACUCCCCCUCGCAGCAGCUAUACCUCGGCCAGGGUCGCCCUCCGGAGAGGGCAGUGGGCAAGGACCAGCCUUUCAACGGUCUUCGCCGCCCUUUCCUGAGCCCAAGCGUUCUCGAAAACUCAAGCCGCGCAAAUCAUGUCCCCUUGUCGAUCCGCAGAUGGCAUAUGUCACCGAAGAUCCAUCGUCCACCUCGUCUCUCUCGGAAUCAGAGGAGGAGGAGUCCGCAGUUGAGCUCAGCCUCGCGCAAGGCAUCACUCAACUGACAUUGCACGGCCUUCGACCAGCCAAUGUCGCCUCAAAGCAACCCAUUGAUGGCCAGUGGCGAUUUCAUGGGAAGAGCAGCUCGUUCAAGCUCAUCAGUACCGCAAGGGAACUCAAGCAGCGGCACAUGGACGAGUUAUCAGGGUCUUCCUUGCCAUCUUCACCUGCCCGCUCUUCCCCCGAGCAAGCCCGUCCCGGCUCGCGAACCGGAAUCUUUGCUCCCAGGCGUGCCCACUAUUGGGACUCCCUCCCUUGGGAGAUAUCAUUUGAGGGCGCAGACUACUCGGUGACACCGCCAUUCAUAAUAUCGAAUUUCCCGCCAAUGGAUUUGGCGGAACACCUCAUCGAGCUAUACUUCGCCCGGAACAACAGCCUAUUUCCUCUCCUACACCGUCCUACAUUCCAAAGACAGUGGGACUCCGGUCUGUACAAGCGCGACGUGUGGUAUGCCGGCGUAUGCCUAGCCAUUUUCGCAGUGGCCAGCCGAUGGUGCGACGAUUCUCGAGUCCUUCCCGACGAGACAGCCCCUGCUGCACCGGAUGGAUCUGACAAUGGCGCUUGGGCUCUUGCGGGCAGGCAAUUCGUCGACGCAGCCAUGGAUGUGCAUCGUCGGCGACGCAGUUUAUUCUUACCGCCUAACCUCUUUGAGAUUCAGACAUUCGUCCUGAUGGGGAUGUAUCUCCGCGGUACGAUUGGCCAUGCGGAGUCGUGGACCAUCAUCAGCAUUGGUAUCAUCAAGGCGCAAGAUGUGGGCGCUCAUCGCAGGAAGGUGUAUGGCCGCAAGCCGACUGUCGAGGAGGAACUCUGGAAACGGACGAUCUGGCACCUCAUCGCCAUUGAUCGCCUAGGUAGUCUGCUCAUUGGUAGACCGUGCUGUGCCAGAGACGAAGACUUCGAUUUGGACUUGCCCAUGGAGGUCGACGACGAAUACUGGGAAAACGACGACCCCGAUUUAGCCUUCCAGCAACCUGCCGGAAAACCGGCGCUAAUGACAGCGUUCGUCUAUUGGGUCCGCCUGAGCCAAAUAUCGGCGUUUGUCUUAAGGACCCUUUACGCCAUUGGUAGGUUCAAGCAACCUUUGGGCCUCGUGGGACCACGGUGGAGAGAACAGGUCGUCGAGCGACUCAACAUCGCGUUGCUUGAGUGGAUCGAGAGUCUGCCUCCACACUUGAGGUGGUCGCCCGACAUGGAUAACGACGUCUACGCGUCUCAAUCUGCGAUGUUGUAUCUCACAUACUACAUCGUCCAGAUCACCAUCUACAAGCCGUUCAUCUCAAUCCCACGCGCGCACGUGUCUAGUGAUCACGCGCAGCAGGAGGGCAGCGAAGGGUCGCUUGCAGCGCUUGCGAUAUGCGCCAGUGCGGCGAAGGCGGGAACGCGCAUCCUGGAAGUGUUGCUCCUCAGGGGUCUCCCACGGCAUACUGUCGUUGUCCAUUAUACCUUUGUUUUUGCCGGUGUCCUGCUCGUCAACUUGUGGACACAAAUCGCAAAGGAUGCUGAACAGAAGGGUCGUACAUCCAUGGCUGAUGACUCUACCGUGCCACCAGCGCUAGAAGAGCACACUUCGGACCUCUUCUCUCUGCUGGGCAUGCUCAGUAGCAUGAGGCCUAGAUGGGAGCUUGCGCGUGAAGCGUUUGACGACAUCAUGCAAGCCCUGCCGCCUUCCUUGCUUCCUACGGCUAUGGCGCGAUUCGAACCCACGUCGGAAGAGAGCCAAGUGGCGGAGGAAUCCGCCGUCGUGUAUAACGGCGAUAGCGGUGCUGACAACCCGCCAUAUCGAUUCUUUUACCCAUCUUCCGGCCCUUCAUCUUACGUAUAUCCUGGAGAGCCAGAGGCGGCGCAGACUGCGUCAUCUGUCGCGCUGCACUCGGACCAUGGGUAUCUAUCGAACGCUCAGCAGGAGUCCCAAAGAGGUCCGCCCGCUCAUCGUCAAGCAACAUGGCCCAUGCCUUCUUACGCUAUGGCGACGUAUGACCAUACGGACGCUGCACCUUCGUCAUCGGGGGAAGCUGAUCAACAUCAGCGGAUCCCAAUGUCGCACGAUCGCCAACCGUACGGCGACCACGGGCCCCCUCUGGAUGACGUCCGGUACCAGCAACCCACCAAUCGUAGUAUGCAUGCGUCAUCAUCCAUGGACGGGGUCGGCAUGCAAUCAUCGUCGCACUUAUCUCACCUCAUGAGCGACGCUCAAGUCGGUUAUGGAGAGCUACCGUACAUCAAGGUCGAGCGUAGUGACGACGUGUCGUCGCAGAUGCUAUGGUCUGACACUGGCCACUAUCCCGCAUCGCACCCUAUCAGGCGAUAUCCCGGCGGCCUUGACGAAGGCUACCAACAUCAACAUCCUCACGUGGAAGAUCCCGCCCAGUGGCGACGUUGGGACGGCAGAGAUUCACACUGGCAGUCAUGACACUCAGGACCCUGUACGCGUGUGGGCGCGAUCGACCGUGGCCCAGCUGUCUAGGUCGAUGCACAGGGCAGCCUCAGCUGAUUAUCUGAGCAGGAAUGGCCUGGACAUUCCGAGUGCAAUCGUCGCUUUGUCUUUAUGUAUUGGAGUAACUAUGGUAAUGCUGUGUCGCUUGACGUACUUCGUUAAUGUACUAUGCUAAUGUUUUAUACUAUAAUGCCGCCGCCGUUGUACUCGAUAAUGCGCAUGCAGUAGCUUCCUCAUGGCA